AUGCCCCACGAUCCACAACUUCACUCCGCCUUCGUCGAAAGCCUGCCGCGCGAGGUCCGCGACGCCGUCUACCUCCACCCGUGGCGCUCACGCGGCCUCCCGCCAGCACAUCGCUCCCCGUGGAUGAAUCACUGGCGCUGCGGCGAGCGCGGCUUCGAGAAGCACGGCAUUGAAGCUAUUCGGGGAUCGAGUACCUCGAUCAACGUGUGCUGGAAGAUGAAGAAGGGGAAGAACGCUCCCGAUGGCCCCCCGUCGAGCGUGUAUCUUCCCAUGCUGCUGUCGUGCAAGCUGAUUUCCAAAGAGCGUCUCCAAUCCAUACGAGUCGACGACGUUCAUCUUCACCGAUCUGCGGACAAUCUAAAUGUUCUUCGGCCACUGCGCCCUCCACCCGGCCAUGAAGACAACGACCAAACCUGCCCGGGCUUCCGCGCCGCCACGACGUCUACGACUUCCACUGGCUGCGUCUGGAUCGGUUUCGGGGCCUGCGGCGGGUCGACGUCUGGAUCGCGGGCGUGCGGGAUCGACGCCGAGAGCAGCUUCCGCGGCAUCAGAAAGUCCAGCAGCGCCGGCGAGUUGAAAGACGUGCUGGCUGCGUUCAAGACCAUCGGAUCCGUCAGGCUGAGUACCCCGCUGAAUCAAAGCAUACGCCCUCAGAAAGGCUACGUGGACGUUGGAGCAGAGUCCGGCGUGCGAGUCUACAAACGGGGGCGCGCGGGUGACAGGUUCCAUCCGUUCCUGACCUUGAUCGAUCCGGAAUGCGUGUUCGAUCGGCUGAUUUACACCAGCCGUGCCGAGUCGGUUUACCUGUUCGUUUUGCCGCUGGUAUGUGCUCAUCAUGUUCAUCACAGGGAGGUUCGGCUUGCCCACCACGACGGUACUCGUGACGUGAUGAAGGAUGUGUGA